AUGAUUGUUCGUCAAUUUUUGAAAUGCAGGGACCAUAGGAUAGGUCUAGAACAGACUCGGGCAAACACUUUAAGAGAAGGGCCAGACAGAAUAAAAAUUAUCAAGGAAACACAAGUCGCUCCACCUAGCGAAAAUGAACAAGGUCUGCUAGAGGAACAAGUCAUUGAAGAACCGUCUACAAAUCUCUCGCAGACUCCUAUAAGACCUUCGACCAGCAAAACAUGCUCCCGAGUAGAAUUGACUGAUAAAACAGGUUCUCGAGUAGAAGCAGGAUCAAAAAAUAAAAAAUCAUGGAUAGAAACGCUAACCGCAGCUGUUGCAGAGGUCCGAAAAGUCCACGAAACAAUAACUUCUGAAUCCAUCAGUGAUCAUGAAGCUUUUGACAAGUUCAUUGCAGCCAGUUUAAAUAAACUGCCCCCCGCUUAUUCAAUCAUGGCGCAAGCUGAAAUUCAAAGAGUAAUACAAAAAUAUCGACUGAAUGCGUUAAAUAAGAGCAGUUCUGCUUCUGAGGCUUCCGCAUUAACUGCAAUUCAAUCACCAACCCUUCCUUGGGAUUCACCUCCUUCAACUACUUCUGCAUACAGCACUAAUUACCCUGUCAUGAAUGAGGACACAGUUGCAAAUGAUGAUGCUGCUAUCGGAGAUAUUAUCUCGCAAGCAUGGAACUUGACAAACUAA